AUGGAUUUCUUCACAAAGUUCUUAUGGAGAUGGGAAGACAUGUGUGGACCGGACGGCUUUCAGCCUUGGGUGGACGAUAGAAAAGAUUUCGGAAAGUGCUUUCAGGAACUUUGUUUACAAAUACCUAUGUUCUUUAUUUUAGCUAUCAUAUCAGGAUAUUAUGUUGGUUAUAGAAGAGAUUGGGUAAUACGUGAAAAAAUACAGGAACAAGCCAUUAUUUUGCGUAGUUUUGUGGUUUUAGCACUAAUGUUCAUACCAAUUGUAAAAUUAUAUAUAUUCAUAACAAACUCAAAGUUUAAUCUGUUUCCUAUUGAUUACUUCACUGCUGGUGCAGGUUGUUUAUCAUGGUUGGUGCAUUUUGGAUAUAUCUUAGCCCUAAAACACAGACUGGGUUUAAGUUGCCGUGGGCCUACAGCUCUGCUAUUCUUGUGGUUUAUAAUAGUAGUGCUCAAUUUUAUUUCUCUUCGCACAAGCAUCAUUACUGGAGCCAUCACUGGUUUCAAUAUUGCAACACUAUGCUGCCACAUUAUAUACUUUUUGACUCUUUUACCAUCAAGUAAUUCUAGACCAACAUUUUACUCAUCACAUCUUGUCGGCUCCCAACAUUCAACUAGUGAAUACACACCACUACUCCCCCAUAUGGAUGAAGACAUUUUGGGUACUGCAAUGCAAGGAUCACACUGGUUUUCUAACCUUACCUUCUUAUGGAUAAAUCCACUUCUAGAAAAAGGUAUAGAAAACAAAUUAAACAAUCCUGAAGAACUAUUUGAUAUACCUGUGCAAUAUAGAUGUUCAUACGUCGGAGCAAAAAUGGAUAAGGCACUGAUUGGUAAUGUGGAUCAAUUCCAACAAUAUGCAGAAGUGCCUCAUGAACCAUUUAUAGGAUCGGGAUAUGGAUCUGUUGAUGAAAGUCCAGCUCAAACAUCUACUCCAGUGACACCUACUUCGCGGGUGUUGUUAAGGCCCCAACGCCGCCAUAAUGUGUCUUUAUUUAAAGCGUUACACAAAUGUUUUGCUCUACAGUUUUACAGCAUAGGACUUUUGAAGCUUAUAUCAGAUAUGGCAGGGUUUGCAGGACCAAUGUUACUCAAUAAAUUGGUUACAUUUGUGGAAGAUGAAAAUAUAGAUCAACAUUUAGGGUAUGCAUAUGCGGCUGGCCUUCUUAUUGCGACUACCGUGGGAGCAUUAUUCAAUGUCCAUUUUAGUUGGCUUAUGUCACUAAUAGGAAUUAAAAUGCGUGGUGCAAUGGUUUCAAUAAUUCUAAGAAAGACAUUGAGUGUGACUUCUUCGGAACUUACCAAGUCUUUCUCUAUAGGAGAAAUAACUAAUUUUAUGUCCACUGAUACAGACAGAAUUGUUAAUUCAUGUCCAAGUUUCCAUGCAGUUUGGAGCAUACCCCUACAGCUUGUCAUAACAUUAUUUCUGUUGUACCAACAAGUGGGGAUUUCAUUUCUGGCUGGAGUUGCAUUUUCGAUUAUUCUGAUACCCAUCAACAAAUUGAUAGCCAAUAAAAUUGGGCAGUUAAGCACUGAGCUAAUGCAUCACAAAGACUCACGGGUUAGUUUAAUCAGCGACAUGCUUAAAGGCAUCAGGACUAUAAAAAUUCAUGUUUGGGAAGAUUAUUUUAUACGAAGAGUAUCAGAGGCACGUUCGAAAGAGCUGUACUUCCUGCGCGGUCGCAAGUAUCUAGAUGCAAUUUGCGUGGUGCUUUGGGCAACCACGCCAGUGUUAGUGGCGGCGUUGACCCUUGGCACACACGCGUUGCGAGGGAAAGCGCUUGGUGCUCCUAUGGUAUUUACUACUGUCGCGUUGAUCAAUAUGCUGAUAGCGCCAUUAAACGCGUUCCCUUGGGUACUCAAUGGGAUCACUGAAGCCUGGGUGUCCAUUAAACGGAUACAGAAAUUGCUGGAUCUCCCAGAUAUGGAAUCUGAUCGUUAUUACGAUAGAGUGAACACAAAUUGUGAUGAAGAUAAAAUUAUAAUAUUUAAAAAUGCGUCAUUCGCUUGGACUAAGGCUUCUCCGCGAAAACAGUUAGAACCUAAAACUACUAAAAAAAAUAAAGGGAAGUCCAAUAAAAAUCUUUCAAAGAGAAACGUUCAACGCAAAGACUCAACUGCAGAUUUACAUACGCAAGAGCCUUUUAUGCUCAGAGAUAUCUCAUUAGAGAUCGGCAAAGGCGAGCUAAUCGGUAUAACGGGUAAUGUUGGCAGCGGAAAAACGUCUUUGUUGCAUGCUAUAAUUGGAGAAAUGUUGAAAACUAAUGGCGAUUUACAGAUACCAGACAAUUUAAGUAGUUUUGGUUAUGUAUCUCAAAAAGCGUGGUUAAUACGCGGUACAAUACGGGACAAUAUUCUUUUUGGAAAACCAUACGAUGAGGCUAAGUUUCGAUCUGUAGUUGAUGCCUGUGCCCUCACAGAGGAUUUGAAUAUCCUUGGAUGGAAUGCGUACGUCGGGGAAGGUGGGUGUACACUAAGUGGCGGACAACGUUCUCGUAUCGCACUUGCCCGUGCUGUUUAUCAAGAAAAGGAAGUGUACCUGCUGGACGACGUGCUGUCGGGCGUGGACGCGCGCGUGGCGGCGCACAUAAUGCAGCAGUGCGUGCUGGGCCUGCUGCGCCACCGCACGCGCCUGCUGGUCGCGCACGCGCCCCGCCACCUGGCGCGUGCCUCCCGCGUGCUGCUGCUGGAUGACGGACGCCUACACGCGCACGGUCCGCCAGAACUAGUGCUUAAUGAAAUAGAAGAGUUUCUACCAAAUGAAACGGAAUUGAGUGGCGAGGAGCCUAUCACUGAACGGGAGCCCCAAUCCAUAGAAGAUAAUAUGGACAAUAUCAGUAGGCAAAGCCUAGACAAUGAGGAAGCAAUGUCGACAGGAACGGUCGGUUGGUGGGUGAUAUACUUGUACCUGCGUUCUGUUGGACUCUUUCUCUCAGUCAACAUUAUUAUUUCACUCAUACUCAUGCAGCUGUCACAAAAUUACACAUUCCUCUGGCUUACGUUCUGGAUCAAAAACAGGUCUAAGAAUGCAACGGAUCUAAAUGUAGAUAAUAUUCUAAUGAAGGAAAAUCCACAUGAAAAUCUUACACUUUUAGACCAUGGUUUCAACAUUAUUGACAACGCCUUACACAGCGUUCUUAAUUCUUCAUUGACUGCUAUACAUAAUUUGAGCGGCAAUUCGACUAUAGUGCCUAUAUCGCCAAUGAUGCAGGAUGUGCGUCUUAUGAACGGCACAACCGGAUACAGUGACAAUUAUUAUUUAGAAAUGUAUUUCGGUUUGGCAGCUUUAAACUUACUCUUUACAAUAAUGAGAGCCUUUUUGUUUGCUUACGGAGGCGUAAAAGCUGCGGCAAGAAUACAUAAAAUUCUCUUGAAGGUUAUAAUAAAGGCUAAUGUGAAGUUUUUUGAUGUCACACCUACGGGCCGUAUUAUAAACCGAUUUUCAUCUGAUACGUACACCGUCGACGAUUCGUUGCCGUUCAUUUUGAACAUUUUACUAGCGCAGAUGUUCUCCUUGAUCGGUGCGGUCGCAGUUACGGUUUACGGUCUGCCGUGGCUAUUGGUGGGCGUUAUCCCAAUGAGUUUUAUCUACUAUCGGCUGCAGCGUCGUUACCGCGUCACGUCGCGGCAGUUGAAGCGCCUGCAGAGCGUCGCGCUCUCACCCAUAUACGUGCACUUCAAUGAUACGCUCGAAGGUCUGACGACGGUCCGCGCGCUGGGGUCGAGCGAGCGCUGGGCGGAGCGCGGCGACGAGCUGGUGGAGACGUGGCAGCGCACGGCGCUGUGCGGCGCGGGCGCGGCGCAGUGGCUGGCGCUGCGCCUGCAGGCCGCCGCCGGCGCCGCCGUGGCCGCCGCCGCGCUGCUCGCCGUGCUGCAGCGCGCCACGCACGCCGCAGACCCCGGUCUGGUGGGUUUGGCGAUAUCGUACGCGCUGUCUUUGACGUCGAUACUAGGUGGUGUGUUGAACUCCUUUACCGAGACGGAGCGAGAAAUGAUUGCCGUCGAACGAGUUGGAGAAUAUAUCACACAGGUAGAAAAUGAGAAAGUCGAUGGAGAUCCACCACCGUAUGGCUGGCCGUCACAUGGAGUUAUAAGUUUCGAGGAUGUAUACCUUAAUUAUAACGGGUCGCGCGGCGCGGCGGCGCUGUGCGGCGUGACGUUCGCGUGCCGGCCGGGCGAGCGGAUGGCGGUGGCGGGCCGCACCGGCGCCGGCAAGAGCUCGCUGCUGCGCGCGCUGCUGCGCCUCACGCCGCCCGCCGCCGGCCGCGUGCUCGUGGACGGCGUGGAUGUGGCCACGCUGCACCUGCACGCGCUCAGGUCGCGCAUGGGCGUGAUCCCGCAAGAGCCGUUCAUCUUCGCGGGCAGCGUGCGCGAGAAUGUGGACCCCCUGCAGCAGUACGGCGAGGCGGAGGUGUGGCGCGCGCUGGAGGCGUGCGGCGCGCGCGGCGCGGUGGCGGCGCGUGGCGGCCUCAACGCGCCGGCGCAGCGCCUCGCGCGCGGACACGCGCAGCUGCUGUGCCUCGCGCGCGCGCUGCUUCAUCGCUCCAAGAUAUUACUGGUGGACGAGGCAACGGCGAACCUUGACCAAGACGCUGAAAGACUGAUUCUGGACACGAUCCGGUGCUCGUUCAGUGGAAGCACAGUUGUGUUUAUAGCGCAUCGUCUGACGGGCGUGCUGGAAUGCGACCGCGUUCUGGUUAUGGGCGGAGGCCGAGCCUUGGAGCUCAGGGAGCCUGAAGACGCCCUUGCUGAUCCCACUUCACACCUAUAUAAGCUGCUGAAUCCUGAUCAAAAUUAA